AUGCAGCAACAGCUGCAGCAGCAGCAACAGCAGCAGCAGCAGCAGCAGCGGCAGCAGCGGCGGUGUGCCUCCUUUGCGUCAGGGCCAUUGCCUGCUCCUUCCUUUUCUAUCAUGGACUUUAAUAAACCAUUUGCUGCUGCAGAUGCUGCUGCUGCUGCUGCUGCUGCGCAGCAGCAGCAGCAGCCAGCGCAUGCAUCAGCAGCAGCAGCAACACCUGGAUCUGUACAGGAAGCAGAGCUGCAGCAGCUGCUGCAUGCACAUAAGAAGAACCCUCAUGAUGUGCUGCUGCUGCAGCGGCUAGCCUUAGGACUUAUAGCAGCAGGAAGAAGCAACGAGGCUGUGUCUCUUGUUGCUGCUGCUGCUGCUGCUGGUGCUGCUGUACCUGAUGAACUUGUGCUGCGGUGUCUCCAAGCAGCAGCAGCAGCAGACAGCAGCAUCAGCAGCAAACAUCAACUGCAGCAGCUGCUGCAGCAGCAGAAACACAAAGGGGAUGAAAACAUCAUAGCAGCAGCAGCAGCUGCUGCUGCUGCUGCUGUUACUGCAGCAGCACGGGUGUCUUCUCCUCUGCAUGCAGCUGUUGCCUUAGGAGCACAGCAGCAGCAGCAGCAGCAGCAACAGCAGCAGCAGCAGGAGCAGCAGCAUUAUCAAGGAGCUUAUCGUGUCUUAUAUACAGCUUGGGGUAUUUUUAAGGGUUUCCUGUACGGUUGUUACCGUUUGCUGCUGUCUCCUUUUAUGGGGGUUUUGCUGCUAGUUGGUUGUUUAUCUGAAUUGUUGCGCUUUGUUGCUGCUGCACUAAAGGGCGAGGGUUUAGGUGCAGCAGCAGCAGGCAGCAGCAAAUGGAUAGAAGACAGGAUUGUUGCACCUGAAGAUAUUCAAGAUUCUUUUGAUAGUGUUAAGGGAUAUGAGGAGGUAAAGAAGGAGGUUCGUGAGGUAAUUGAAUAUUUAAAAAACCCUGAUAAAUUUAAAGCAAUUGGCGCUAAAUUACCUAAAGGAAUUCUUCUUCAUGGACCACCAGGUACUGGUAAGACAUUAUUAGCUCGUGCUAUAGCAGGAGAGGCGGGGGUGCCUUUCUUGCAUGCAUCUGGAUCAGACUUUGAGGAAAUGUUUGUUGGUGUUGGAGCAAGUCGUAUAAGAAGUCUAUUUGCUGCAGCAAGAGGUAGAGGUAAAUGUCUCCUUUUUAUUGAUGAAAUAGAUGCUGUUGCUAGCAGCAGAAGAUUUGAUACAAAUGGAAGUUUUAGGCAAACACUUAAUCAAUUACUUGCUGAAUUAGAUGGAUUUAAACCUAUGUUAGAAUAUUAUGGUUCAAAAAUAAAAUUAUCUACAGAUGUAGAUUUAAGGGUUUACGCAUCAUUAACAUCAGGGUUUACAGGAGCAGAUGUUGCUAAUCUUCUUAAUCUUGCUGCUAUAAGAGCAGCAAGUAAUGGCAAAACACAGGUAACAAAUGCUGAAUUAGAGGAUAGUUUUGAUAGAAUAAAAGUUGGCAAUAAAAGAAGUGCAGCAGCAGUUGAGCAAGAAGAAAAAACUGUUACUGCAUUCCAUGAG